GUCUUUUUUUUUUUUUUUUUCGUUUCACUUCUUUCUCUUCUUCAUUUUCUUUUCUUCAUUGGCUUGCCUUCUUAUUAUCGGUUUGGCUGGUAGAGCGUAGCGUUUGAUACCUUGUGCGAAAUGGAUUUGGGAGACGAUGGGGUUGUGCGAUCUGGCUGUCUGGGAAUUCAAGGAACGAUUGGCUUAUAUCUAUCUUUCUCCGAGUUGAUGGAUGCUCUUGGUAUUUCCUGGGAUGAUACCACUGGGGCCAAAGAGGGAAAACACGGUUACAUGUCAGGGCUUACUUACUAUACCUAUACCUUAUUGUGUUGCAUUAGUAUGGUAAUGUUUUUACAUGUUGGUAGGGGCAAAGGCGGGUGUUCAAGGGACUUGGUGCCUUGCGGAAAAGGGGCGGCUUUGUAAAAAGACUGGU